GAUCCCGCGUCAGGCUCAUCUCACUCUUUAGCGCUUUAACGCUGGCCCCCAUACAAAGGCUCCAAGCAGCUGGAUCUGUUAUUAGGGUGUGUUCGGAAAGAUGUGGGAAAAUUGUUUUAGGGGGCGAACAUUUGGUGAGAAGUUUACGCGUACCUACACCUACACCAACGCAAGGAAAGAGGAAAUGGUGGAAUGGUGAAACAACUUCAUCGUUGUGCGGAAUGUGCGCAAAGGCAACAGCAGAGUUUGUUGGAACUAGAAGGAUGAAAAACAUCACACCCCACCCGCCGCUGGUUCCGGGUUCCCCUGGUGUUGUUCGGUUGGCAAAAUUAACCGUUGUACCAACCACCGAUUUCAACACGCCAACUUUUCACCAAACUUUCAACCCUCUCGUACGCAAUUUUCAUAAGCGCGCAACACAACACUUUCCAGUGGCGGACAAGCCCAGCCACCGCCACCGCUAGCGCGGGUUUUUGGCAUGACGAUUGCACACGCGUUGUUGCGUUCGAAAACGGCUCCCGUGUGUGUGUGAAAAAGAGACAGAAAGACAGCCAAAAAUUAAUUGUUUCCUUUGAUGUUUGCCGUGCGAAAGAUAAUUUAAUUGUUGCUUGCUGUCCUUUUUUUUGGGGAAGGUGGGAUUGGCAGAAUUCCGUGCGCGAAAUGUUUGCUUCAGGGCGGUAGCAAAAACAAGCUCAAUAACUUUUAACACAUCUCAUGCGAAUUUUGGCUGGCUGGUGGAAGUAAAAUUGGAAAAUAUUUUUGUGCACUUGUUCUUCCUUGCUGCUUGACAAAUCGUUUCUUGUAAUUCUGCCCGCUCGUGCAAGCAAACCGGCUCUGGUUGCCGGUGCAAACACCUGGCAAAGAAUUUUGAGCAAAUUACGUCGAAAUUCGUUGAUUUUUUUCUGUAGUAGAUUCUUAUAACCAGCUAGCAACUAACUUACCCCCCCGUGCUAGUGACUAGGAGUGUGUGUGUGUGUGUGUGCGAGUGUGUCGCAAAAGAAUGUGUUCCAGUGUACGCGUGUACUAGCAGCAAACAGUGCCUGUAGUGCGUUGAUGCAGAAAGCGAGCGGAUUAUAAUCACACAACCUAACCUGCUUCACACAACCGAUCUGCUGCUGCUGCUGCGGCUGCUACUACUGCUACCGUUUCUGAUCUCGCAGGCAAACGCGGAAAACCGGCCCCUAUUGGUGGUGGCAGCAGUAGCCGCGGCGGGUUUUGAAUGCCCCGCAGCCUGAAGGAUGCCUGGAGUGGUAUUUCUUGUUUGUGUUCCAACGGCAAAUUAUGAAAGGACGUUAAUUAACGGCAUAAACUAUGCACCUAAUAAUGAACAGUUACCUCCACCGGAAUCGACCCCCCAACAACACUCAACAACACCGGCACGUAAUCUUAAUAUAAAUCUGCCAGAAAACGUGACCCAAGGUCCGCGAGGGCCACGGACACCCACCACAGCCCACAAUGCAGCCGGGAAUGCAGUGUUGCGGCUCGAGGUUGAGCUGCGUGACAAACACGCAGUCCAGGGACGACGCACGGCAAACAAAGCGAAACCACCCAAACCACCGGGGUACGGAGUGAACGCGAUAAAAGGACCACCGCCCAGCGUUGCCGGUUCGGCACCGCUUGAAAAGGUUCUGGACGAGUUGCUUAAGAAGCUUGAGAUUGACCGGGUCAUUUGGCACCCGGACAAGGAGGGGCAGUACUACCAGGUCGUCUUCCCCCUAGCGGCCGGUGAUCCUUGCGAAACAACUCUCCACUGUCUGACGGAGCUUGGAAUAGGCGUGAAGUACAAUUCCAGCGUCAGCGUGCUACCGUGCAGCGUCAGCUACGACGGCUCGAAUGACACCAGUAACGAAGAUGAAUAUGGCGAUGAGUGUGAGGAAAACUCCAAAUGGAACAACUUCGUUGACUCGAUCCGCUCGAAGCUCACCGUGAAGCAGGUCGUCGAUGGUGUGCGAGCCGGCGGCUCUCUAUCGUUCGACUAUUUGCUGCUCAUCGUUACGGCUGAUUCGCUGGCCGCCCUCGGGCUGGUGGAAAAUAAUGCACCAAACAUUGUAGCCGCGAUGCUGGUCUCACCACUGAUGGGGCCGGUCAUGUCGAUUACCUUCGGAACGAUCAUAGCGGACCGCGAGCUUGUGAAAGUUGGCUUCACAGCGCUCGCCCUCGGCAUGUUCAUCUCGAUCCUGUUCGGAUUCAUUUUCGGGCUGAUACUCGGUACGACGGAGAUGCCGUGGGGGUUUGGCGAUUUCCCAACGGAGGAAAUGAAGGGCCGUGGCAACGCACGCUCCCUGUGGAUGGGCAUCCUGUGGGCGCUAACGUCCGGAAGCGGCGUAGCAGUGGCACUGCUCCAGGGGUCAGCCGGACCAUUGAUAGGUGUUGCAAUUUCCGCUUCGCUGUUACCACCGGUCGUGAACUGUGGGCUUUUCUGGGCAUUGGCCUGCAUCUGGCUGAUUUACAAGGAGGAAGACAUCAAGAUACCCCACCUGAAGGGUGAGCUGUACAGUGGCAACUCCAGCUACGAAUUCAUCUACACCAAUUACAUUCCCACGGAGUUUCUAAUUAACGGCAUCGUUUCCGGUCUGCUGACGGUGAUCAACGUUAUUUGCAUCUUCAUUACCGCCAUCAUCGUGCUGAAGAUAAAGGAGGUGGCCGCACCGUACACCUCCAGCCCGGAUCUGCGCCGAUUCUGGGAGACGGAUAUUCGCACGGCACGUACAGCAAAUCGCACCACUAUUCGCCGGAAUCGUGGAGGUGAAGCGGACGUGAUGUCAGCAUACGCCGAGCUGGAAAAUGACCCAAAGGCACGGAAUCUGGAGAAUGCACUCGAGCAAGCCCUGAAGGAAGCCGUCGACGAUGACACCUAUCGAAAGGUCAAGCGGAUGAGCUAUUCCAGCAAUGCAGCCGGCGAGAUUGCCGAACGCCUUUUUGGGCACGGUUCCGCUUCCGGGACGUCAGGAGUACCGAACAAUGGAGGUCAAAUUGGAAAUCCUAUGGCAACCGGGAUAGGCUCCAGCACGAAGACGACAGCCGAUUUAAAGCUACUCGAAAAGCUUGUUACCUCACUGCUGGAAACGCAAGGCAGCGCUACCACCGGGGACGGCCGUACCGAUGGACUACAUCGAAGCGGUUCCGUACUCGGGCGCUUCCGUCCAAUGUCGCGUUCGUUCCGCUCGACAAGCUCGCUGAGAAGACGCAACAACGACAGCACGGGCGCUUCUUCCGGUGCGACCGGCGGGCAGGGUGGUGGAGUACAGGGUGGCGAGGGAACGAUGCCAACUAUUCAGGAAUCUGGCACCGACCGUAACAGCCGUCGAAACUCGUGGAACGAUCGGGCUGGAGUAAAUGUGCGAAGGGUGCUGAACUCCAUCGCUAAUGCGCCACACCGGUUUAGUCAGUCGUUGAGUGGUGGUGGUGGUGGUGGUGGGUCACUUCAGGAUAACGACGAGGAGCGCAGUAAUUUGACGCAGAACAUUCUUUGACGGGGUCGCGACAAAGUUAAUAAGGAUAAUGGUAUCCCCGGAUGGGAAUGCUUUUGGGCAGCCUAUCAGAUUUAGCUUGACAGACAGCAUAGUGUUUCCUGCGUAGAGUUUAUAAAUCGAGGAAAAUAGCCCCAACAAUACGUAAUAUAUGUGGUACAAAUAUGAAUUUGAAGUAUAAAAAAAUAGAUAUAGAAAGGUAAUGAAAUUAUUUUAAUAUUCAAACAUACAAUAUGAUACAGACAUUUGUAGAGCCACAGCACCUUUUGUAAUAUUACCUUCCACAAUAAUAGUACCAAACUAAACAGCUUGAGCAAUAAUUAAAAUAUGCCAUCUUAUUCCGUAGAGAACACAUUCAACAGGAAAUGUUACCCUGUGAUGACAAACAGUUUUUGAACAAAUAAUACGCGAGAAAAUAAAUGAUAA